AUGGGGGUUCGCCAUUGUCGGGAGGAGAGCAAGGAGAGUCAGCCCACCGUGCAGGCAGGCCGCGGGAAAGAGAACGGUGAGCCGCAGGACGGCAAGGUAAAGCCGCAGGGCCAGACGCGCAUGCCGCCCAUCCCGCGCGAAAUUUCCGCUUCGGUAGGGCAAAACCCCCCGCGGGAGCCUAUAAACCGCCCUGGGCGCAUCUAA